AUGUACAGACCCCUCCUCACCACUUCCCGCACCGCCCUCCGCAACUCUUCCCGUACUUUUACCUCAACCGCUGUCAAAAUGGGUGUCACCGUUCAAUCUAUCACUGCCGGUGACGGCAAGUCUUUCCCCAAGGCCGGUGACAGGGUCGCCAUCCACUACGUUGGUACCCUCCUCGACGGUUCCAAGUUUGACUCUUCCCGUGACCGUGGAUCUCCCUUCCAGUGUGUCAUUGGCAAGGGCCAAGUCAUCCGAGGUUGGGACGAGGGUGUUCCUCAGCUCUCCGUCGGCCAGAAGGCCAACCUCAUCUGCACCCCUGACUACGCCUACGGUGCCCGAGGUUUCCCUCCCGUCAUCCCCCCCAACUCUACCCUCAAGUUCGAGGUCGAGCUCAUCAAGAUCAACUAG